AUGACAUGGGGCAGAGUCUGGUCUUCACUUCAUCUGGAAGGGGUGUUGGCAGACUACGCCACUGGCGUUGACGGCGUUGGUCGAAGAAUCGUCGAAGAAGGAGCUGAAGUGAUACCACGGAGCAUCAAUGUUUGUCCUCCUUGUCGUUCGCUAAUGUGGCCGACUGAGCUCGAAUGCUGCUGCCGCAUGGCGUCAACGACUCGGCGGUUCCCUGUUGAGUGCAGCCAGGAGGCGGCAGAGAAGCUUCGUGCUGAUGGCACCGAGGUACUUGUAGGAUUGUCGGAGGACGGGGAUCACAGGUUCGAUACUCAAGCAAACGUCAACGUGAAUGCGAAGACUGCAGCUCGUGAUGGGGUCACUGUGGUGGAGAGCUUGAAGAAGGCCGUCCGCUUCUUGAGUGCUGCCCCGGCAUGA